AUUGUGCGCUUUCUUCACGGGCGGGACGUGUGGGCCGAAAAUCUUUAUUUAUAUCACACACGACGAUGUUCCCGUAGAGUGCGACCGGCUGUGUACGUGCGUGACGAAACGAUACGAAAACACGACGACAGAAUGGCGAACGAGGAGGUGUUGGGUCCGCGGAAGACGAUGUUUGUACUUGUGAUUGUUGUUGGGUGUUUUGCUGUGUUGUGGCCUAGGAUCCUGUCGCCGCUGAUCACAGGCCCCAGUGGAGAGCAGCUCAAGCCGAACAAGUUCGACCGGGAGGCAGGAUGCUGCGAGGUACUGUUCGAAACCGAUAUGGCAGUUCUGGAGCUUAUCAACGAAGUCUGCAGUUCAGCUGUUCAAGCUCAUGGGAAGCUCAGCCCUCACGCUGCAGCUGAAUGUCGGAAAGCAGUCAAUGAGACAUGCGGAGUGGACUUAGCUGCAUUCCUUAAACGGAAUGAGAAUGUUGGGAAAACAUCAAAGGCAUUAAUAGAAACUAUGAAGAACAGCAAUAGCUCCUGUCUAAAGGAGCACUUUGGUGUCCCUGUCUGGAAUCUUGGUGUCCAUAUAUCACAGAACUCUUGGACUCUGCAAGACACUAUCAAACAAGAGCGUCCUUUGAUCCGCGGCGCAGGACCACACCCGGCUUUACGCGAAAGAGGACGGGCGAUACCUCCCGGUGUUCCUUCGUCUCCUACGAAGAGUUCCGUGGCCAUGCCUCCCCACGUCAGGGUACGAUCCUCACCACUAGCCGUGUAUUAUGAUUUGGAUAUCAAGCCUCCACCAAUCCCCGGAAUGCGUCCUCCGCUGGGAUCUCCCGGUGGUCCUGUGCCCGCACCCAAGUCUUCCAUGGGCUUCGUGAUGCCGAUCUACACAAUCUGCAUCAUCGUUUUCUUUGUCUACACUAUUAGCAAGAUUCUGUUCAGGCGUACCGCAAGUUCGUCGCCAUACGAAACCCUACCACCAGACCCUCAGUUCAGAAGACGAGUAUUCAGGGACGAUUCCAGAAGUACACCUGACAAAUUGGUUGUUACCGCCAUAUCAGGGCUGGUAGCCGAGGUGCAGCAGCAGAUGGAGGCGAGCUACGCGCAGAAUCAGCAACGACAGGAAGCUCAGGAUAACAACGCUCGCCCAUACACGAAUGGGACAAUUCUGCACAACAGUGGGCCGGUACACAUAGUCGCUAGCGAGUACAAUGAGCCUACUAAAGGGAACUUGGAAACACAGAAAGAACCAUCUCCCGCACCAGAAGAAACUAAAACAGUACCUGAACAAGAUAAGGAACCUUCACCCGAACCAGAAAAGAAGGAAACUGUAGAAGAAAAACAACAGCCUGAAAAAACUGAAGAACAUUCUGAAUCGAUUGACAAGGAACCCGCUAAAGAAGAAUCUUUACUCCAAAAAGAUUCAAGUCCAGAAAGAGAACCAAGUCCCGAACCAAAAGAAUCUACUCCAGAAUUAAAAGAUCAAAAAGAAGAAGAAAAAGAAUUAAAAGAAGAAAGCCCAGAAAAAGUAGUAAAACAAACAGAUGACACAGACGAAUUGAUCAAACUGGUUGAUGAUGUUAAAGUGGAGAGGAAUGGAGAUGUGAAACACACAGAAGAGUUCAUCAAAGAGGAAGCGAAGUCUUCUGAGGCGCAGAAGGAGAAGCAGUCGACACCUGAACUAUUAGAGGAAGCUAUCAAAGAUGAUGAUGAACAGGAGAAUGCUAGCGUUAAGGUGGUAGGCAUGGAGGUGAGGGCGCACCCGGCGGACGGUGGAGCGUGGAGGGCGAAGCGCCCCACGGAGACUCCACCCCCGAUCCCGGUGGCCGCACCCGUCCCUCAGCGAGCGCACGAGGCAGAGCAGGUGCAGUCCAUAUACUUGGAGACGGAGAUCCCGCAGCAGUCGCGAGUCCUCGUCACUGACUUCGCGGAGAAGAGGACCGACAGGCCAGCCCCUACUAAACAUUCACCGAUGGUGGUGAGUGGCAAGAUGACGCUGUCCCUGAUACAAGACGCGCCGCGGGACACGCCUGAGAGGGACCAAGAAUCGACAGUCGACGAUUUCACAACGGCUAGUGCUGUCACACAGAAUGCUGAGAAAGAAGACGAGUCAGAGGAAGAGAUUGAAGAAGAAAUUGAAAUAGAAGAGAUAGGGGAAGAAGUUGAAGAAGAGGAGGAGGAGGAAGAAGAAGGAGACCAAAAGGACAAGAAGACAGAGUGAAGUACUGAUAGAUAUACAUUGAUAAAUAUAAUCGUACCCUGAGUUAUAUUUUGUGAUCGUGUAUAAGCCAUUAAUAUCCUUAUACUGUUAGAAUUAAAGUUUAUUAUUGAUUUGACAUUUAGAAAAUAAUAUACUGGUUUGUUACAGAUCACAAAAUAUAACAUCAUUUUAAAUAAAGUAAAACUAUUUUGUUUAUGGUAUGCAAUUGAUUAUUAUCUGUGUAUUUAUUGUCUAUGCUUCUCUUCCUAGUCUAUGUUGUUGAGGAUGUAAAUUUUGUUCCGUUGAUCUAUUACCGCGUUGUUUUAUGCUUUCUGCGUUUUAUUACUGUUAUUCUGUAUAAUAGUUUUUGAUAGUGUGAUUAGAUGUAUCUACUUAGAAUUGAAUUGUGUCAGAGAUUUUGUCUAAGCCGUUGAAGUAUUGUAUAAACAUAGUGUUAAAUGUUGCAUAGACAAAAUAACAUCCCUUGACUUUUUCUUAUAACUUUAGAGUCAAUAGAAAUCUAGUACUUCAGUUAGGGCUUACAAAAUGUACGAAAAACAAUCAUGUUCGUUACCAGCCUAAAAAAUCUUCAAUGCAAU